AUGCCUGCUACCACGGCGGACACGCUUUCCCUCGUCACGCGGACCGUCACUGUUGCUCCGUUGGUACUUCUCUCCGUCGCAGAUCACUAUGGACGCUCUGCAAAGGGCACUCGGAAGCGAGUGGUUGGCGUACUGCUAGGAGAACACAUUGGAGGGAAUGUGCGGGUGUCAAACAGCUUCGCCGUCCCGUUCGAGGAAGACGAAAAGGAUCCAUCAGUGUGGUUCUUAGAUCACAACUUUGUCGAGUCGAUGCGAGACAUGUUCAAGAAGAUUAACGCCCGCGAGAAGCUGAUCGGAUGGUAUCACUCCGGCCCGAAACUGCGCGCUUCGGAUCUCGAGAUCAACGAGCUAUUCAAACGAUACACACCAAACCCCCUGCUAGUUAUUGUAGAUGUACAACCGAAGGAGGUUGGCGUCCCAACCGAUGCUUACUUUGCGGUGGAUGAAAUCAAGGACGACGGUACCACUACAUCCAGGACGUUCGUGCAUACCCCAUCUACAAUCGAAGCAGAGGAAGCAGAGGAAAUCGGUGUGGAACACCUUCUCCGAGACAUCAGAGACGUCGCUGUGGGAACUCUCUCCACCCGCAUCACAUCGCAACUGCAGUCCUUGCAAGGCUUACACCUCCGCCUCCGUGAUAUUGGCCAAUAUCUUCAGAAGGUUCUUGACCACGAACUACCCGUGAACCACGCCAUCCUCGGUAAUCUCCAAGAUGUCUUCAACCUCCUUCCCAAUCUGUCUACACCGAGUACCACGGCGCGGGUUGGCGGUGAGCCAGAACAAUCAACAGAUAACGCCGAGUUGGCUCGCGCUAUGAGCAUCAAGACGAACGACCAAUUGAUGGCCAUCUACCUAAGCAGCUUGGUCCGUGCCGUUACAGCGUAUCACGACCUUAUUGAGAACAAGAUUCAGAACCGACAACAGCAGGAAGAAGUCGAGCAGAAGAGGGAGCAGGAGGCCAACAGCGCGAAGAAUGAGAAGGAGGGCGCAAAGAAGGUCACAAACACAUCUGAGCCGAAGGAGGAGUCCAAGGAGAAGACCAAGCGGUAGACAGUCACCAAGUGAAUAUGAUAUGAUCUAGGUCGGUGCAUGUAAUGUACA